AUGACCGAAGCCGAAGACCCCGCCGAGGACGAUCGCUCCGUCGAACUCUCUUCGAUCGUCGCAAUCUUCCCAGAGACAAAGAUUGAUCCAGAUUUCCCGUUCAAGGCUGUGUUGGACCUGCCAGUCGCACUUCCAUCGCCAACUCGAGUCAGCUUCCAGCAACCGCUCGAUAGCGGCCUCCCCGCAGCACUGACACCACCAACUUCCGUCGACGUUUCCAAGGCCGAUCUCGAACAGGCCGCUGUCAGAGAUGUACAUAUGCUAUCGCAUUUACCGCCGCUCAAUCUCGAGAUCGAAUUACCUGAUGGAUACCCCUCCGAAAAACCCCCGCGGGUGAAUCUUACCACUCACCCGCGAUGGCUUUCACCUCCGACCCUCACGAAACUGGUGGAGGAUUGUGAACGACUGUGGAGCGAAUGCGGCCAAGAUAUGGUUGUCUACACAUAUAUCGACCAUCUACACCAACUUGCUGAAACGGCAUUUGGCAUUCAAGACGCCAUGGAUGGCGAGCUUUCUCUAUCGCGAGAUUUGAAAGUUGCGUUACUAGACUUUAACAACAAGGCGGAACGCGAACACUUUGAGCAGCAGACUUUUGAAUGUGGGGUUUGCCUUGAGCCAAAGAAAGGCGUAAAUUGCCACCGACUCCUACGCUGCUCUCACGUCUUCUGCGUCCCAUGCCUGCAGGACUUUUAUAAUACGUCCAUCACGGAGGGCGACGUCGACAACAUUAAAUGUAUGGCUCCAGACUGUGAUAAAAACAUGGCUCCCAUUCCUGCGCCUGGUAGUCAAGUCCAGACCCCACGGCGCAAAAAGCACGAUCCAACCCUCGGACCCAAUGAGCUUCUUCAGAUCCCAUUGGCACCAGAGACUGUGCAGCGAUACGUUUUGCUCAAGCGGAAAAAGAAAAUUGAAGCCGACAAAACCACCAUUUACUGUCCACGGCAAUGGUGUCAAGGUGCAGCACGAUCAAAGCGGCAUCCCAAACCCUUGGACCCAAUGACAGAUGACCUCGAAUCAUCUGACGAAGAAGAGGAUCUUGCAUUCGAUCCCGCGGGGGAUGAGUCACAACUUCCUCCGCCUGCAGAUCGUGUGGCUAUCUGUGAGGACUGCAAUUAUGCCUUUUGCUCCGUGUGCAGAGGUAAUUGGCACGGCGUUCUAGUCCGUUGCUACCCCCGCCGCGUCGCAGAAAGGACCGAGGAAGAAAAGGCCACCGACGAAUAUCUCCGACUCUACACAUCUCCUUGUCCGACCUGCAACGUGCCCUGUCAGAAACUUAUGGGUUGCAACCACAUGCGCUGCCGCCAAUGCGAUACUCAUUUCUGCUAUCUCUGCUCCAGUUGGCUCCCAGUCGACAAUCCAUACCAGCACUUCAACAACGGCAAAAACAGCUGCUUCAAUCGUCUCUGGGAUCUGGAAGGUGGCGACGGCCUUAACCCUGUGGGCGCGGAGGCUUUGCACCGUAUUCCUGAACACCUACUUCACUUCGACGAUGAAGACGACGAUAAUAACAGUUUACACGAUGAUAACGAUUCUGAUGACGAUGAUGAAAAUGAACUUCCAGUCUGGGACUUCGACUUCAGCGAUGAUGAAGCUGAUCUCCGUCGUCGCCCUCCACCCCCAGCACCUGUUCCACCCCGUCCCCCUCAUGCCGCAGCACGAGGCCCCGGCGAUGACCAAGGCCGAGCUGCCCGUGCCGCUGCACUAGAGCGACAAGCCCAAGCCCGGGCCAUCGCUGAAGUACGCAUACGACAAGCAGGUGAACGGCCUCGACGCCGCGUUCGCCCUCUUCUUGCCCGUCCUCCCUUCCCAGGUCGUCCCGCUGCUCUUCCUAACCGUCCGGCUCGUCUUGCUCCCGGUGCUCGCCCUGAUCUGGAGUGGCAAGCUGGUCUACAGCAUUUCCUGGCGCUCGUACAAGACGACCGCGAAGACGAAUGGGAUAGCGACGAGCUGGAUGAAGCUGACCUUUGA